GUUUUAAUAGUGGCGGAGAAGAGAAAAGCCUGCUUUGAAGGGAACGCCACAGUCUCGUUUGGAUCGACUCCACAAUAUAUUCGACAUGGAUGCGGAGAACUUGGAGUUGGGCAGGGACGACACCGACUCGGACCAGUCGGAGUCGGUCAGCGUGGGCUCGAUGAGCUACAAGGAGGACGUGGACCCGCAGUUUAAGCUCGAGGCCGAUAAGGCGAUCUGCAUCAUGCCGCCGCGGCCGGGCACGGCUACGAUGAACUACCAGGAGCUGGUCAUUCCGCGGAGCCAGCUGACAGACGUGUGCUAUCCCAUACGGGAAGCGCAACGCUGGCUGACCCUGGUGGACAAGCUGGGCAAGCAGCACCGCUUCCCGCUGCCCACGAUCCUGCCGAAGGUCAUUCAGACGCGCUUCGUGCCGCGCCGCCACCUGCCCAAGGACGUCGAGGUGGACCGCCGACGGCGGCAGUACCAGAAGAUCGACCUGCUGGCCGAGCUGGCCCGCGCGGGCCUCUCCGACGACGUGCUGCAGCCCACGGAGGAGCAGUACGACGUGCUCUCCGAGUUCGCCUUCCCGCACAAGUUCCCGCUGAGCUACUUCGACGACAGCAACUUCGACAUCAACUCGCCGGCGGCCUGGUUCGAGCUGGGCGUGGUGGGCGAGGCCCACUACCCGCUGCCCGCCCGGGCCUACCUGCCCGUCAACCGCAGCCUGCUCAACUGCCGCUGGGGCCUGGCGGCGGUCACCGCCCACGACGCCGGCUCCGACCGCUGGACGCUGCUCUCGCUGGAGGACGGCUGCACCUACUCGGUGCCGAAGCUGCAGUUCAUGUUCCUGGCCGAGGACCCGCACCGCUACGUGCGCCGCCUGCAGGCCGCCGUCCACGAGCGGCACAAGGGCGAGCAGCUGAUGCUGAUGGAGCUGAUCGUCGACUGUGUGCUGCACGAGGACAUCGAGUCCACGGUCUUCUACAGCUUCAAGCCCAUCGAGGCGGCCCUGCAGGCGGCGCGCGUCUCCGAGCAGUGCAAGCGCCGGCUGCGCUCCGAGGUGAACCUGGUGUUCGAGCGGCUGAUGGCCCUUUACGAGUUGGAGCAGUUCAUCCUGAAGAUGCCGAAGGAGUUCCCGCAGUUCCGCAACAUCAGCCUCAAGGAGUUCCUGCCGCGCUCCUUCGCCGUCGAGGUCUCCGGCCAGGAGCGGCGCGAGCUGCAGGAGCUGGGCAUCACGAUGCAGGAGAAGCGGCGCGACUUCCUCCGGGCCAGCCUCUUCUAUUGCGGCGGCGGCGUGGAGGCCAUGGGCGGGGUGGCCGCCGAGUGCCAGUACAUCGAGACGCUCUCGGUGUUCGUGUGCACCUUCAGCAAGCCGCUCUCCCUCGCCGAGUUCCUGCAGGCCCAGGAGGCGCACAGCGACAACGUGGCCACCUUCCUCAAGGUCUACUGGCCCCAGAAGCUGACCUCGGUGAUCACGGUGGUGCUGCGCGCCCUCGGCAAGGGCUGGCUGGACAUCGGACUGAACAACUGGACGGUGUACCUCAUGUGCAAGAUAUCGCGCUUCGUGCUGCAGGUGCGCUUCCGCAUGCAGGAGUCCAUGGAGGUGCUGCUCGAGGGCUCGCUGCGCAACUUCGCGCGCUUCGUGUGCGACCCGUGCCUGCAGUUCCUGGGGCUGCGGCCCGCCUACCGCUGGACCAGCAACUACAUCGACACCGAGUUCCCCUACCACCGGCCCGUGUUCGCCAUGACCCUGGGCAUCAACGAGGACCGGCGCGUCUUCUACUCCACCGACCCGGACGAGUUCAAGCCGAACCUGGUGGAUAUCUUCAAGCGCGGCCUGGAGAAGACGUCCGGGGUGCGCUGCAUCGACGCGUCCGUGAUGGGCGCCCUUAAGUUCGCGCCCAACCUGUACAUCCUGACCGUGGAGCUGAUCGAGGAGAGCUUCCUGCGCGAGGACGCCCUAAUGAACGAGUGCUACACGAAGGCUGUGCUGCCGCUGCGGGCCUACGCGCGCCUCUACGAGCGCUUCAUCGACUUCUACCUGCUGAACGUGAACGCGUACAUGCAGGCGUACGCGCAGGCGCACAAGCCCUCCUCGGAGGUCAAGCACGACAUCCUGGAGCACAAGCGGCUGAAGGAGGAGGUGCGCGAGAUCCUGCCCGCCUUCAUCACGAUCGGGCCCUUCUACAUCAACGUGGACACGUUGAAGCAGUUCAUGAUCCGAAAGCGCAUCGACAUCGUGCGGCGCAUCUUCGAGUACUACGUGGACCGCAUGUACGAGACGAACGAAUUGCUGCUCGACCGCUGCCUGGAGGUGUUCCGCCACAUCGCCGAGCGGCCCAUCAGCAUCGAGCACCUGUACGAUAUCCGCGACUUCGCGGCCACCGUUCCGGACGUGGUGGACGCGCUGCGGGCCGACAUCCAGGUGAUGUGGCUGGAGUACGACCUGCUGGACAGCUUCUUCUACAACUUGAGCGACCACCAGUUCGCCAUGAAGUGGAACGUGUACGCCUGGCCGCACCAGAUCCUGAUGCGGCUGUCCACGCUCAAGGACGAGCAGAAGGUGGACAUCGAGGAGUUCCUGCGGCAGCACGCCAGCGAGUGCCAGGCCUUCGAGGAGCGGCUCGAGUCGCUGAACGACGAGGUGCAGGCCUACUCGCUGGCCUUCAAUCCCAACCGCGCCCAGGAGACCUCGGUGGACAUCAAGAAGACGUGGGCGCUUAUCAAGGAGCUCGAGAAGGUCAGCCAGACGCUGCAGUUCCGGCAGGAGCUCUUCGAGCUUGAGCCUCUCUCCGUGGAGUUCCUGGAGAGCAUCAUCGACAGCUUCACGCCGUACAAGAACCUGUGGUACGCCUGCGCAAACUUCCUGAAGCUCGAGGACGCCACCGAGGGCAACCCGAUCGCCCAGCUGGACCUGGAGGAAGUGUGGAGCAGCCUGAGCAAGCUGCGCGACGAGCUGAACGAGUCCAUUGCCGUGUUCAGCGAGAAGGUCGAGAUCAUGGAUGUGGCGAAGACGUUCAUCGGGAAGAUCGACGAGUUCGUCCCGGUCUACAACAGCAUCAGGGACCUGCGCAACGAGAACUGGAUGUACAUCCACUGGCAGGAGCUCAGCGCGGUGACCGGCCAGGAGAUCAAGUACUCGGUGGCCAUGAACUACCAGUACCUCAUCCGCAAGGGCAUCCUGGACUUCCUGCCCGAGGUGCACGCCAUCUCGGAGAAGGCCAACAACGAGGCCGAGGAGAUCCGUCGCGCCAUAGAAGAGGAGGAGCGCCGCAAGCAGGCCGAGCAGGACGCCCUUCUCCUGCGCAAGCAGCUGCGCAAGUGCCGCAGGGACAUACUUUAGUUCGACACUUGUUGCUAAACACUUCAACUUGCAAUCGUUUCCUUGCAUAACACAACCCCUUUCCUGUUUUCCAUUAAAAUCUGCCUUCAGUCGUAUAAAUACGACUCAGUCAAUCUCAAGUUCAAUGUUCUCACAGUGAA